CCCGCAGCAUCCAGGCUCUGCCGAGCGCACCGGGGUCCAAGCGAUGACACCCGAGCCGGCCGUUGCCUGGUUAUAUCCACAAAACAGCCCCGCGCGGGGCCGGGGUAUCCUCUUACGGAGCGAGAACAGCUGAGCCUCCUCAAUCCGCACCCUGCGCUUGGCAGCCCACCAGAUAAACCCAAGCGGCCUCGGCCGCUGCCAUUGCCCCUCCGUCCCCGCCAAGGGUUGUGGGACCCACAACGACCCACAGCUCGAGCUCAAGAUAGAUAUUUAUACACACAACUCGUGUGAAUUAACAGCAUUCCUCUCCUACUGAGUCAAAAGUCUCGGCACAAAUAGAGGCGCUUCAUGGAAAAAAAGGGAUAAAAGGAAGCUCUGCUCCCACGGGAUGGACGUGCACGGGUAUUUUAAACCUGGUUCUGGCAGCGCAGCAGCGAGCGUGGCAUGGGCAAGGGACCUGAUGGCAGAGCCCGAGCCCCCUCCGGAGCUGCAGCUGGAUGAAGCUGGAGCAUCCUCAGCCCCGCAGGGAGCAGCUGUAGGUGCUGCUCCACACCCGGACUUUUUGCGCAGCCCAUUAGACCCGGCGGUGGGGGUGAUGCCCACUGGAGAUGGGGCAGAUGGUGAGGACGCUUUGUUGGAGCUAAAUGAGCCGGGACCCCAGCUGGAUGAGGAUGCAGCCAGGGCCAAGAUCCCGCUGGAUGUGGAUGUGGCAGGAAUCACGCUGGACGUGGAUGCAGACAGAGUAGAGAUCCCCCUGGAUGUGGAUGCAGCAGGAAACCCACUGGAUGUGGAGGUAGACAGAGUAGAGAUCGCCCUGGAUGUGGAUGCAGCAGGAAUCCCACUGGAUGUGGAGGUAGAGAGAGUAGAGAUCCCCCUGGAUGUGGAUGCAGCAGGAAUCCCACUGGAUGUGGAGAUAGACAGAGUAGAGAUCCCCCUGGAUGUGGAUGCAGCAGGAAUCCCACUGGAUGUGGAUGCAGAUGGAGCAGGGACCCUUCUGUACAUGGACACAGAUGGAGCAGGGGUCCCGGUGGAUGCGGAUGCAGAUGGGGCAGGGAUCCCACUGGACACGGAUGCAGAGGGGGCAGGCAGCCCCCUGGGUGCGGAUGGCACGGAGCAUCCGUACCUGACCCUGGAAGAGCUCGGGGACUACUUCCAAGAGUGCAUCGAAGCUGUUGAGCAGCUGGAGAAAGAGCGAGACGGCCUGAUUGCGGAGCUGAGCCAGCUCCGGGAGCCGGCGCUGCAGGAGAUCCGCCAUGCCCACGAGGAGAUCCAGGCGGCUUGCCGGCUGCUGGCCAAGGUGGAGCUGGAGAGGGACAACCUGAAGGAUGAGAUCCGGCAGAUCAAGCAGAAGCUGUUCAAGGUGACGAAGGAGUGCGUGGCCUGCCAGUACCAGCUGGAGAGCCGGCGGCACGACCUCUCCCAGCACGCUGCGUACCAGGGCGAGCUGGAGACCCAGGCCGGGCAGCUCUCCAGCGAACUGUCCCAGCUGAAGGAGACCUGUGAGAAGGAGAAGGAGGCUUUGAGGCAACAGCUGGAGAUGCCGCCGUGUCGGCAGGAUAACCUGUACCUGCAGGAGAGCCGCCGGCUCUCCAUGGAGUUUGAAAGCUUUGUGGCCGAGAGCCGUCGGGGUCUGGAGGAGCACUACGAGCCUCAGCUGCUGCGGCUGCUGGAGAGACGCGAGGCGGGGGCGAAGGCACUGCAGGAGAUGCAGGGGCAGAUCCAGGGCAUGCGGGAAGCCCUGCGGCCCUUGCAGGGCGAGGUCAGCCGUCUGCGGCUGCAGAACCGCAGCCUGGAGGAGCAGAUCGUCCUCGUCAAGCAGAAGCGGGAUGAAGAAGUUGGGCAGUACCGGGAGCAGGUUGAGGAGCUGGAGGACAGGCUGAAGGAGCUGAAGAACGGAGUCCAGCUCCAACAGCGCAAGAACCAAGAACUGGAGGAGCUGCGGACCAGUCUCCACCGGGAGCUCUCCAUCUACAAGGGCUGCUUAGAAAUCUACGGACACCUUUGCAAAUCGGAAGAAAAAGCUGACCAGGACUGCUAGGAGUGAUGAACUUCUUGCUGUAGCAGCAGUAAAGGACAGAGGCACCUGCAGGGACGUCUCCUCUUGCUGCUCAUCCUGACGCACAGCAGCCACACAUCAGGAAUACCGGACAAUCAUUCACUUGUCUGUAUUUCUCAAGGCACUGCUGUCGUGAAACUGCUUUUCCACAAAGGAGCAGAAAGUACUUGCACUGAACAAUGGACGUGGAUGCAAAAGAACAGAUGUGUUUCGCUGUUUGGGAACGUCCCCGGUCGUGUUCCUGGGUGGGUCGGGUGAGCCUGUGCAGAAAGCGUUAUGGAAGGCAGGGGUACGGGUGGAUUUUUGAAGUUUACAUGCAAAGAAGCUCUACCCUUUAACAGGAUUUUCUUUUAUAUUCCAAGGCUCUCUACUGUUUUGGGGACAGGCUCCACCCCAGGCCACUGAAACAGUGUGUGGAGAUUAGGCUUCCACUUUAUGUAGUCUCACACUGAAAAUAAAGG